AAUUCAAAAUUUUUAUGCAAAAUUAAAAUCAUAAAAAUUUUACAGUAACAAACACUAAAGUAUAAUUAAAGGGCAAAAUGUUUCAGAUUGCUAAGUUAUUUGCGCAACGCCAAGUCAUUUCGACUCUUGGAAACAAAAAUUUACUAAAUUUGGGCGAAAAUUUAGUUAAAAGUGUUUUAAGAAAAUUCGGUCACUGUGACACCUGUGGGCCAGUCAAAAUUGACUGUGUUCCUGUUAUAAAAAAGAAACCAGUAUGCGAACUAUUCACAGCAAUUAAGCAGAGAAAGCAAUAUGAAAAAGAACUUAAAAAGCGAAGGAUCAGGUCAGUUUGGGGUGAAAUUCCAGAUUGUUGUGUUGACAGCUGUCCUAUACCUCCACGGUAUGAUGAACUAUACUACAGGCCGUCAAAUCCACAUAAUCGUUUAUAUGAACAAACUUGGAUUGAUUGUCUGGAAAGAACGCCAAAAUUAAUGUGUUAUUAUCCAGAAGAACAAUACCUUCCUCCAAAAAGACGACCGCGUAAACCUCGCAAAAAAAGCUGUUUAAAUAUGGUAAAACCAAAUAAUCUGGGAUUAAUGCAAUGUAUAAAGCCUUUUAAAGGAUGUAAUCCUAAAAUGCAUGUAUGUGGUUGCAAACCCGUAGCUGCUAAUGUGUCGUGCACAGUUGUACGUAAUAAAACAAUAUGCCGAAAAGUGAACAGUCCUUGGCCAAGUUUCUCUGAAUGUAACGUCGCCACAAAUAAAAAACCUAUAAAAGAGUGUGAUUGUUUAUCACCGGUGCCACUAUGUACUUUUAUACGUUACUUAAAAGAGAAGAAGCGGUUCUAUUAAACUUGCUUACAUAACAUCUUUUCAAAAUAAUUGUUAAAGAAAUCAAUCAUCAAAAGAAAAUAACUUGCUUUCCUGAACAAGUCGUAUAUGACAAGAAAACUCUAAUUGUAUAGCGUACAAAAAUGAUUGUAAAUUUUA